AUGAUGCGCCGCCCCUGGUUAUUGUCGGCGUUAGUCGCUUGGGUCAAAUUGCCUUCGGUGCAGGGAGAGGAUCUCUUUUCACUUGGUGAAAUUGAUGGUUCUCUGCUCAACGGUGCUAGCGAUGCUUGCGUCGCAGCAAUCAACACCAAGGUUUCUUGCCCGUCCACACUGGGCCUGUUACACUUUGAUUCAGAUAUGGAGCUUGAUACCGCUGAGAUAAAAGAGCUCUGUCAAGGCAGCUGUUUGAGAAGUUUAGCCGACUUGAGAGAUUCUGUCAAAAGUACAUGCGGCUCAGAGGUCACCUUUGAGGAUCCUGUGAGUGGAGCGUUGUGGAAAGCUUCGUAUCUCAUGGAAGAAGCAAUCUACUAUGCUGAGAGGGCAUGCCUCCGAAAAGGGAAUGGACAGUACUGCAAUACGUGGUUCCAAAGCGCUCCCGCUGACGCAUCGCUCUGCGAUGAAUGCUACAAGCUCAUUUUUUGGCACAAUGCUCAGUCGCCACUAUCGGAAGACACUUCUGAACAAAAGGAAAUCUACACUUCCGCCAGUUCGAGCUGUGGAUAUAAGAAACAGCCUACGCAGACCUAUCCGCCGUUACUUGUUUCAUCUUCCGAGUACACAAUCAAGACUGGAGAUACAUUCCUCAGUGUUUCCGAGUCUCAGAGAGUCUCUACGCACGAUCUAGCCACGGCCAACAGGCUUGACUCCCUUGUCAGCGACUUCCCGUCUUCAGGAAAGUUAUGUAUUCGCAACCAGUGCGACGUGUACGUUGUUAAGAGUGGUGACACUUGCGAGAGCAUUCAGUCAGAGAAUGGCCUCUCCAGAGCCAGACUCAGAUCCUGGAAUCCCUUCAUCAACGGCUAUUGCGACAACAUCUCUUCCUAUGUCAACCAGACAAUCUGCAUCUCAAAUCCGCUUGGGGAUUACAAAGUGCCCGAGAACCAGGACGCAGCUGGAUUCGAAACUCCGGCUGCAGUUCCAGACAACAUUGCUCCGAAUACGACAACAAACUGUGGACUUUUCCACAAUGUCACUGCCGGCGAUGACUGCGGUACCAUUGGUCUCAAGUAUAGCAUUUCCCUCGAUGACCUCAUCUUCCUGAAUUCAAUGAUCUGGCCAAAUUGCACGAAUCUAUGGCUCAGGACCUCUUAUUGCGUUGCACCCGUGGGCGACAUCACCGACUACCCCGGUUAUGGACCUGAGGAGGACGAAUGGACGAUUGAACCACAAGAGUCCACAGAAAUUGCCGAAAUUCCUCACAUAGGGUGGCUGAACGUCAGCCGCCCAUAUGUGCCUCUGGCCAACAGCACUCGUGAAGAUUGCUGGGAGUACCUUUGGUGGAAUGAGACAUAUGCCGGCAGUCCCAUUUCUUGUCGGGAAGCAGCUCUAGGCUACGAGCUAGACCUGGAGCAGUUCUUCCUAUGGAACCCGAGCUUGGACCAAAAUGAGCCAGACGCGGUGUCGCCCACCUACGACUUUCCGUGUACAAUCUCUCCAUUUGUCUCGUAUUGCAUGCAGCUUACAAGCCCAACACCUGUGCCAAAGACACCCCGAGUUCCUCCGUCUCCUCGGGCAGCUGGAGAGAUCGCCAACUGCACGCGGUGGUUCAUGGGAUACUUUGAUUGCGCGAGUCAGUUAUCUCUCAGCAGGAUGACGAUGGAGAAAAUGUACCGGUAUAACCCUUCUCUCAAAGAGGAUUGCAGUGGCUACACACUGGGAACAUUCUACUGCCACGAGACUCUUGAUGACCUUUAUGGUUAUAACGACGAUCUGUAUGGCGAUGACGAGAAUCCUUCGCCAACUACGUCUUCAGCACCUACUCCAACAACAUCAUCUAAAACCAGUAGCAGUGCCGCCCAGCCUACCAACGUCAGCACGGAUGGGACAUGUGGAGGCACAAAAGACCAACUUCUUGCUCCUGCCAAGCAACACUAA